AGAUGGCCCGUUAAUAUUCUCACAGUGAAUGCCUUUUAUUCCUUAGCCACAAAUGAAAUCAUUAUCACGCCAACUUUUUUGCAACCUCCAUUCAUCAGCAAGACAAGACCAAAGUCGAUAAACUAUGGUGCACUCGGAAAUAUCAUUGGACAUGAGAUGAGCCAUGCGUUCGAUCUUAAUGCUAAAAGAUAUGAUAAACAUGGAAACUUGAGAAACUGGUGGAGUAACGAGAGUGAAGCAAUGUAUUUGAACAAGACCAAUUGUUUGAUGCACAAGUACAACAGCUACUACAUCAACCAGACUGGAGAAUUCUUGGACGGUAAGAGGACACAAGUGGAAAACACGGCAGAUGAUUUGGGAUUGAAAGUAGCUUAUCAAGUAUCUUUUUGUGCAAAAAUCACGGAUGAAGGACAAGAGAAGUUUAAGCAAUAUUUGCAUUCUCCUUAUGAAGCCAGAGUUAUGGUUACAUUGCAAAAUUUUGAUGAGUUUUCCCAAGCAUUCAAUUGUCCAGAAUCAAGUCCAAUGAAUCCUACUCAUAAAUGCGUUUUUUAG